CUCCCCCACCAUCGACCAAAAGCCAUGGCACCCCGUCCAUCCCCCUCCAUCCUCCUCACAGGCGCGACCGGCUUCAUCGGCGGCACCGUCCUGCACUCCCUCCUCACCUCACCCACCCUCAAGUCCCUAAACCCCACCAUAACCUGCCUGCUCCGCGGGAGCGACCGCGCCGCCAAACUCACCACCACCUACGGCGACCGCGUGAAGACGAUCCUGUACGAUGGGCUCGACGACACCGAGGCGGCCACCGCAGCCGCCGCCGAGCACGAUGUCGUGGUCAACACGACGCUGGGCUACCACCUGCCGUCGGCGCAGGCCUUGAUCCGGGGGCUGGCUUUGCGGAAGGCGUCUCUGCAGGGAAAUCAGGAGCAGGAUGGUGUGUGGUACGUCCAGACCUCCGGCACCUCCAACGUAGCCGACCGGCCCAUCUCCGGAAAAUGGGUCGAGUCCAAGUCUAAGUCCGAGGGCGGACACGAGCUCGACGACCUCGCCUCCGACGUCUACACCUACGAACACGACCGCGAAGUCCGCGAAGGCCCCUACUUCCAGCGCACAACCGAGCUAGGCGUCGUGGACCUCGGCCUAUCCCUCGGGGUAAAGACCGUCGUGAUAAUGAGCCCGACGAUCUACGGCGUGGGCACUGGGCUCUUCAACCGGCUCAGCUACCAGGUUCCCAGCAACGUGCGCGCGGCGCUGCACCACGGGCGGCCCAUCGUUGCGGGGAACGGCAGCGGGGUGUGGGACCACGUGCACGUCGAGGACCUAGCAGAUCUAUACAUACUACUAGUGCAACUCAUGCUAGAGAAGCGCGGCGAGGGGAUCCCGACGGGUAAAAGGGGGAUCUUGUUCAGCGGCAACGGACGGCACUCGUGGCGGGAGGUGGCGCAGGGGGUGGCGGACGUGCUGUACGAGGAAGGGAAGAUUGCGAAUCGAGAGGUGCAGGAAGCUAGCUUGGCAGAGGUUGCGAGGGUGCUGACGGAGAGUACGGGACAGCCGCUGACGGAGGAGUUGGUCGAGAGGGGGUUCUCGAGUAACUCGCUGACUGUGGCGAGUGUGGCUAGGAAGUUGGGGUGGAAGCCUACAAGGGGGGAGGAUGCGUGGAAGAAAGGGUUUAGGGAUGAUGUUCAAGCUGUUUUGGAGGCUGCGAAGUAGGUACAAUGGGGGUUUUUACGUGCUAAGUGAUCAAAAAGGGGGGGUUAGCAAUCUGU